CCGCCGCUCGAGCACUGCCCAUGGUCUAUCUCUUCCGUCUCGCUCUCCUGACACAUCGGUGCUACUUGGCAUUCUGCGCACCGAAGCGCUUCUGGAAUUGUGCGCUCGCGCGCUGAUAUAUCAUCGCGGCUGCGGAUGUGUGGAAUGUCAGCCAUUGCACGUUCGUAAGAACUCCUGGCUUCCUGUGCGCGGCGGCCAUCACCACGGAGACGUGUUUCUUCCCUAUCACUCCUGCGACGCUGCGGAACAGAGUGAGGAGCCGGAGCGCAGGCAGUGAGAGUUGUUUAUUAUUGAGAUUUGCAGGAGUAGUCGACGUUGCACCGCCGGUAGGUUUGUACGCGAUUUUGUGUUGUUGGCGUGAUCGAGGGCAGUGGCUAUGGCUGAACCUGGCGCUAACGGAGUGAAGGCUACGGGCUCGAAAUAUGACCAUCAUGGGUUGGCGUUCGCGACGCGCGCUCUCCAUUUCCAGGACGAGAACGAUCCGUACGGUGCGAAGAACGCUCCCAUUUACCUGACGGCCACUUUCAAGCUUCCCUCCGUGACGAAGGCUGGUUCGUUUCUGUAUUCGCGGUUCGACAACCCGACGAGAUCGACGCUGGAGAAGCACAUUGCUCGGCUUCACGACGCGGACCGCGCGUUUUGCUUCUCGACGGGAAUGGCGGCUCUGACGACGGUGAUGCAGAUGGUGGAGGUCGGCGACGAGAUCGUGGCGGAUGACGACAUCUACGGCGGGACCGACAGGCUGCUCACCAGCCUCGUCACCCGGUGGGGCGUGACGGUGAAGCGCGCCAACACCAGCAAUCUGAACGAGAUUCGCGCGGCUGUGACGCCGAAGACGAAGCUCGUGUUCCUGGAGAUCGCGACGAACCCUCUGCUGCAGAUCACGGACAUCGCCGCCAUCUCGGAGAUCGCGCACAGGACCGGCGCGCUGGUCGUGGUGGACAACAGCAUCAUGUCGUCGGCGCUGUCGAGGCCGUUGGAUCACGGCGCGGACAUCGUGAUGGAGUCGCUGACGAAGUUCAUGUCCGGGCACAGCGACGUGAUGGGCGGCUUCCUGGCGGUCAGGGGCGAGCAGCUCGCCAAGGACAUCCACUUCCUCCAGUCCGCGGAGGGCGCGUGUCUGAGCCCGUUCGACAGCUUCAUGAUCUUGAGGGGCAUGCAGACAUUGUCUUUGCGAGUAGAGAAGGCCCAGGAGAACGCGCAGGCCAUCGCGGAGUGGCUGGUGAAGCAUCCGCUUGUGAAGAAGGUGCUCUAUCUGGGCCUGCCCGGCUUCCCAGACAGGGAUCUCCAUUUCAAGCAGUGCUCCGGGCCGGGAUCGGUGCUCUGCUUCACCACGGGAGACGUGGAGAUGUCGAAGCUGGUGGCGGACGGCACUGAGGUCUUCCAGAAGACGGUGAGCUUCGGCAGCGUGGGCUCGCUCAUCAGCUUGCCGUGCUUCAUGUCGCACGCCGCGGUUCCGAAGCCCGUGCGAGAGGCCAGGGGUUUGCCUGACGAUCUCGUCCGGCUGGGUGUCGGGAUCGAGUUCGUCGGCGACCUCAUAAACGACCUGGAUCACUCGUUCAAACUAGCCAUGGCCAAGCUUGGAGGAAAGGAGGCUCCCAAGUACGAGCCCAGUGCGCCUAAGUCAUUCGUAUACAAGCCCCGCUUCCAGUAGCACUUCAAACGGUGGGUUUCCUACCCUUCGCGGUUUCCUUUUUCGGCCUUGCGUCCCGACUACUUGUGUGCAGGAUAGUCUUACCGAUCCCUGGGUGUAGUGCUGGCGACGCUGGUGUCGGUGUAAUGUCCAGUUGGGAGUGCGUUUUGUUAUGAUGCUGUCCGCGUAUAGCGAAGCACCCAAGGAGUCCUUAUUUUUUUAGGGCUCGGGGAUCUUCGGACAGAACUGUAUGCUCGAGAUGAUAGAGAAGGAAGGUAGAGAGGUGGGCGUCGUCGCGACCAGCGUGUUUCUAUUUACACGUCAGCUUGACACGUCAGCUUGCAGUUCUCGGCUGUCUGUUUUCACGUCCGGUGCUCGAGGUAACGACGUCCCCGGACAGGUGUCGUAUUUCCGACAACCUCGGAUCUUUGCUGAUCGCUCUCCUCUUCAUUGUGAUCAUGCGUGUAGGAAUAUGAUGAAGCCAGGCAGGAGUGUAGAGGACACACACUAGUUUGAACGGGCGAUAUCUAAGAGAGGGAGGAGGUGGGUCGGUUUUUCAUGGAACAGCUUCAGAUCAUCUGCGGAUCGUUUUCUUGGUCAUUGUAUGUAUUCGUUUUUCACGCAACAGCUUCAGAUCAUGUGCGCAUCAUUCUCUCGGUCAUUGUAUGUAUUUCGGUUUGCACGUGGUCGACCCUUACGAUGGCGCGCAGCGAAACGGGAGGGAGCGUCCUUUGCGUGGUCCUGCGCCCUAUGAUACUCGUUAUUUGGAGCUUUUGGUAUUCGUUUUUUUGGCUAUCGGUAGUGCUAGUUUAACUUUUGACCCUCGUCUGUCGGAGGGCAAUUAUAGAAAUGUGAUUCAGAGACCGCACGCGGUGCUGGUAGGUGUCUAGGCUCAGAACAGCGUAUUACGACGGCAGGGAUGGGAUGCGCUAUGGUGCGGCGGCUUCUUUGGGCUUCCUGUCCGAUUAUGUUUGAGUCUUACAGUAUAUGAACGGACGUGAUUAGUGGUUUACACAACUGAGAUCAGCGGCGGAUUCAGCGCCUCUUUAAACAUCCAUUGAAUUAGGAAGGUGGUCAGACGGUUCCCGUACGGUCCUCGAUCACGGCUUUUGCUCCGCCGCCGAAGUAGAGACUGAAGGGGAGAGAAGGAGAAGUAGAGAGGAGUUUGGAAGGGGUUAUGAGAAUCACGGCGAGGCCUAAGAAUGCGUCGAGAGAGGCGGAAAAGAAAAAUAGUGUACUGUGGGUGGAGAAGCAGCAGGAAUGAGGUAGGGAGCUCCUAUCGAAGGCUAUGAAAGUUUAUCUCGGAUGGUCGGUUGUCGUGAGCAUGCUCAUUACAUGUAUAGAGAUCCUUGUGUCGAUUUUCAGCGAGUGGAUGGCGAGUUGUGCGUGGCAACUGUAAAAAUUAGAGAAUGAUUGAUGAUCGUGUCUGGCUUUCAGGGGCGUGUGCUUGUCGGCGAGUGGUUUUUGGUGUUUCUUGUUUUUAUGUUCUUUGGAUUGCGUUGCUCAUGUCGACGAGUAUGCGUGACCACCAUUGAUGUCGUCUAUGAUGGCGUGUAUGUCGCUUCUUGUCAAAUUUUUACGCAUUUUUCGGCAUUUCCUGGGCGCAGUUUCGGCGUUGUGUUUUUUUUUACGCAUUUUUCGGCAUUUCCUGGGCGCAGUUUUGGGGUCUUUUUUUUUUUUUUUUCAACCGAAAUCGGUGAGGGUGGCUAUUGGCGGGAACCCGGGGUAAGCCCUCGGUAAGCCCUGACGAUCGAUUUCGGUUGGAGAAAAAACGACGAAGUCGUCGCGGCCAGGAACAGUGCAAUCGCCAUACGCGAGAUGUCUUUCCCGUCUUCACCAGAAGAGUGCUCGGUAACUGUGUAUCUGGACUGGAAGUUGCAGCAAAUACAGCUAUAAUGACCGGGCCGUGUGGAUGAGGGAGGUGGUGGGGAGAAACAACAACUCCGUCCUACGAAUGGACCCGAAUACAACGUACUUCCAUCAUAGCUGUUGUAUUUCGGUGAACUUUCAGAGUAAAUAGGUAGUAAAUCAUUAUCAGUAUAAUAGCUGUGUAUCUGGACUGGAAGUUGCAGCAAAUACAGCUAUAAUGACGGGGCCGUGUGGAUGAGGGAGGUGGUGGGGAGAACAGCAACUCGUCCUAUCAUUGGACCCGAAUACAACGUACCGCCAUUAUAGGUGUCGUAUUUCGGUUAGCUUUCAGUGUAAAAUUGUAAAUAGGUAGUAAAUCAUUAUUUCUCGAUUUAUGCGUGUCAUCCUUGCGCAGGGGCCAUGGUAAUCUUCUCUGUAUCGUUCCAAUUUUAACGGAUGUCCCGAAGGACUAGUAAAUCAUUAUUACUAGUAGUAUAAGGGCCAGAUCCCACGAGCCCCUAUUGUUCAUUUCUGACCGUUGAUCUUCGUAAUCGAGGGUGAAAAAUGAAUAAUGCAGGGUAGUGGGAUCUGACCCUAAUAGCCGGGUGAACACGCGUAGUCAUUCUUCCGAUACAAUGGGGGACGGAGGUGUGGGGAGAAAAACUACUGAUCGAGGGGAAAACGGACAGCACUGCAUAUUCAGGGGAAUGCAGUCGGAGUAAUAGUCGUCGUAAAGAAGGUACUAUGACCGGGGGCCAUGUCCCACUACCGGGGGUUUAGUUCAUGUGUUUUUUUUUGUUUUUUUUUUUGUAGUUCAUGUUUCGUGUAUACUUGAAACCAAUCUCGACAAGUGGGACAUGGACCCGGUAUUGAGGGGAAAAAAAAACAACGCUCCAUUCGGGGGAUCACAUGGGAGGACUCGUCGUAGAGGAAGAAGGUACUUCGACUGGGAUAACGCUGAUGGUGCUGAAAGGUGGAUGGAGAAUCUGCGUUUGUGCAGACAGAACGGUGGGGAAAUUUUUAUGGAGUAGGGGACCUUUUUGUCGAGUAGAGGGGUUGAGUUCUUUCCUUGAUGGUCUGUCAUCAAGGAGUUGUGGGGAGGAAGCACUGAAGCAGUGAUAGCGCCAUGAUUCUAUGGGGUGGACCCAACUUCGCCGCUUUCGUGGAGCUUCGUGGAAAAGAAUUGGCGGGGGAUCCUUUUUGACCCCCUACCGGUGUGGGAAAGGGUAUGGAAAGUCAUUCUGGACAGCAUUUUAGGACCCCACUGGUUAUGAA